AUGCAAGCGGAUCUAGGGAAGAAUGAUCUCUCUUCCGACAAGCUCUUUCCUCUGUGCCAGAGCUCCCUCUACGGGUCUUUGGUCAACAGCAUUGAAGAGAACCUCAAGCGAAAGAUGCUGACUGAAGCGAUCUCAUCUCAGAUUUUGGGGAAGCUGUUCAGAGGCGAAGACACCCAGCUUCUGCAGGCCAUCGCAAUAUCUCCUCCUCUCUCUCUUCUGAAUUCUAGAAUUGCUAGACCCAGCCCCCUGUCAUUGGAUGAAUUGCACAAUGGAGCGCAUUCUGCCCCUUGCACAGCACCUCCGUCAGCACGGUCCUGCUCUUCGCAUACGAGCAAGCGAUCUUGGUUUGACUCGGCUCAGUCGGACACCCGCAGUGGAAAGAAGCCGAGGAAAGACGACAUGGCCAGUGAGCCGUCCUCGCCCUACAGCAUCGACAGCAUCCUCAGCCCGCACAGCGUGAGCUCCAACGAUUCCGAGAGAAGCUUCUCGUCGCGAGGAUGGCAGGCCACGAGCAGCAGCCACAAGUUGCAGCGCAGUGAGAGGUUUGUGCAUGAUGUGAUGGUACAAGUGUCGCUGACCCACUCUCUCCUUCUCAGUUCUUCCAGCUCGGAAUCGUUUGCUGCGGUGCUCAUGAGAAGAAAGCACAUGGAAGGAGCCGGUCACCACGAUGUUUAUGACAAGUACGCCGCCUCCAUCGAGGCGAAGAACAGCGCUAGCAAUGCUUCAUCGCCUUGCGAAGUAUCCACCAAGUCCUUGCGGAGGAUGAGGAAACGGGCCUUGACCAUCAUCAAGGACAACUGGGUUCCGCGAGACAUGACGUGGAGAACUAAGGGUAUCGCGCUGAAUCUCAAGAGUGCAGCGUCACCUGAAAAGAGCGACUGA